AUGGCCGCAGCCAGAGGACUAUGCCGCCAUGGCUUACAACCGCUAACACAGAGUACCGGCCAGAGACUCUCGACGGGACAGUAUGCGCCCUUGAAGAGUAUAUUAAGGCAGAGCAGGCUGCUGUCUAAUGUGCCCGGGGGAUCACAUCAACUUUUCCGGUCAGUCCUACGGACUUCGAGAUAUCAGCAACUUACUCACGGCUCAUCCAUACUGAGCCGGUCUUUCUCCUCGACUUCGAAGCUGCUACAUGGACAUAUUACGAAACCAAAGCCAGGUGAAGAGAUCAAGAUUACUUUCAUCGAUAAAGACGGUGAACGACACGAUUUCGAAGUCGCAGAGGGAGAUAACCUGCUUGAUAUAGCACAGGCAAACGAUCUUGAGAUGGAAGGUGCCUGCGGAGGCUCAUGCGCCUGCUCUACAUGUCAUGUAAUCGUGGAGAGCCCAGAUAUGUACGAUAAGAUGCCGGAGCCUGAUGACGACGAGAAUGACAUGCUGGACCUAGCAUUUGGCUUGACCGAGACCUCUCGGUUGGGAUGCCAGGUGAAGAUGACUCCGGAACUAGACGGCCUUGUGGUUACGCUGCCCAGCAUGACUAGAAAUUUGCAGGCUAGCGACUUUGCGGAGAAGAAAUGA